AUGAAGUUAAUAAAAUAUUUACAACUUAAUCUUAAUCGUGUUGAUAGAUAUGUGAAAUCAGCAGAACAAACAUGUGAUGAAUGGCGCAAGGAAUUGAUAUUUAAACUCAAUUUCUUCCAUCAAUUCACACGGCCAGUUCUUCUCUUCAGCUCAAUUUAUUUAUUAUUGUAUUGCGGGUUCCAAGCAAUAAUUUUGGUGAAACUUCUCAUCUCAAUCCAUGAAAUAUCUAACAAACUUUCCACUCAAGCAAAUGCUUCGGAUAUUUGA